GUCAAGCUUCAUGCGUCCUUUAGAGACGAGGAGUGGCACUACUUUACUUUGGAGCUCUGUCCUGGCGGCGAGCUUUGGAGCCUGUCCCGUGCCGUCGGCUGCCCAGAGAGCCUUGGGAGGCACUGCCUCUGCCAGGUCUUCGAAGCAGUCCAGUACCUGAGAGAUGCACGGAUUGUCCACAGGGAUCUGAAGGCAGAGAACGUGCUCAUUGGACCGCGAGGCAACUGCAAGCUCAUUGACUUUGGCAGUGCCAGGGAUUUGGCGAACCCGCAGGUGAAGGGAGCGGGGACUCGAAACUUCAAGACUGUCAUGGAGGAGUACGUGGGGACUUCAAACUUCAUGGCUCCGGAGGUGGUGAAGAACUUGUCUUCCGACUUUCGAUCCGACACCUGGUCACUGGGAUGCCUGGUAUUCCAAGUUCUCGCUGGUCUUCCGCCCUUUCAUGGUGGGUCCAUCGUGCGAGUCUACAAGAAGAUCAGCAAAGGUGUCUUGGAGUUUCCCAGCAAAUGGCUGAAAGACGAUGCUGUUGACCUGAUCCAAAGUAUGGUGGUCAAGGAUCCAGACGCCCGACUGGGUGCAAAGGAUUUGCGAGAAGUGGAGGAGCAUCCUUUCUUCCGAGGAUUGGGCUUCAAAGAUGCUCACCGGCGGCCCGCGCCGGUCUGUACCCUGCGGGAGAUGUGCCUGCGCCAAAUUGGUCUGCGCUGGCACAAGUUCGGUGAGCCGGCUUUGACAUGGGCGCGGUCGCAGCCAAGUCUCAUCCCGCAGGUCCUGGCAAGCCUGGAGCGUGUCGCGGAAGUCUCUGACCUGCUCGUCCUUGACCCAGCUGGGUCAAGGAAGACAUGCUCUCAUGUUUGA